UGCUACUUUGUUUACUAUUCCAUUCUAUUUUUUAGCCCCUUUAUUUUGUAUCGCAAGUUUCGAUUCAUCGCUCGUAAUUGUUCCUGUUUAUUUAAUCAAAUGUUCAGUCGAGCUGAACGGGUAAACGGAACAGUAACACUUUGUAGUGGUAGAUGAUAAUAAAAUGAUAUUUCAAAGGUUCAAUGUCCAACAUUAUAGUCAGUUGCUGAUUGCUAGUGUCUUAGCACUAAGACAAACGCCACUCAUCCGGAGCUGGAGGAAUUACUUCGAUAGAAACAACUUGACUCAGCUGCGACGACAGAAACCUUUUGUAUUUGAAAGAUUACUGCAACGGGAAACGUUACCAAAAGUUCGUGAAACUCAGCAAACCCGUAAUACAAUACCAAUUGCCUUUUUUGUGUCACUCUCGUUGUUUUCCUCAAGCGAAUCUAAACCAGCCGCUGAAGCAAAAACCAAACAAACCAAAAUGACUGAAGAAACUGCGAAAAAUCUUGGCGAUACGAUUCAACAUUCCGAUCAGCUGUUCGACGAGAACAAUUUUCAGGAAGCUUACGAUUUACUUCAAAAAUGUUUGGAACCCGAAAAAUUCGAAAUCAAAUGGCGUUUAGCACGGGUGCUGUACAACCUUUCGAAAACCGUCCCAAGUCCGAAAAAAGAAGAAAUGAUUCGCGAAAGCUUCAAAUUAGCUAACGAGGCUCUUGCACUGGAUGACAACAACUAUCUUUCCCACAAAUGGUACUCGAUUACGUUGGACGCGAAGAGCGGUCUGGAUGGCAUCAAAGAACGUGUAACUCAGCUGGAAAACGUAAAACUGCACAUGAGAAAAGCAGUCGAGCUCAACCCUGACGAUGCCACCAGCUGGUACAUUUUGGGACAGUUCUAUUACGGUCUGGCUGAACUACCCUGGUACCAGCGAAAGAUAGUGUCGACCAUUUUCGCCACUCCACCGACCGGAACGUACGAGGAGGCCCUGGAGUGUUUCGAGAAAGCUGAAAACACUAAGCCCAACUUCUACUCAAUGAACUAUUUGAUGCUGGGGAAGACCUACCAAGCGCUGAAAAAAAUGGACAAGGCAAAGGAAUUUCUCACCCUGGCAGCCAAUGUGACGGUGCUUAACGAGGACGAUAAGGAGGCAAAGGAAACAGCAACGAAGUUGUUGAAAAAACUGUAGUUUUAGAUAUUUGGCAAUUAGGACAACGUGACAAUUAUUUUGAUCUAUUGAUCUUAUUAUUAUGAGAGUUAAUGUUAAGAGAGGGGGAGUUUAAUAAAAAAAGGAUUCGGUUUUUUUGGCAUAA